AUGGGCCAGUUUUACGAGACAAUUCCGGAGUCGCUCAUGAAGUGGGUUCUCGAGCAGAAGAUGUUUUGUGUCGCCACAGCGCCUCUCGCUGGAUCAGGCCAUGUCAAUGUGUCACCAAAGGGCGGGCCCUACUUCGGGCUGCUCGACGACAAGACCUUCUGGUACCUGGACCUGACGGGCAGCGGCAGCGAGACAGUUGCGCACCUCUACGAGCCCGCCAACGGCCGCAUCACUGUCAUGUUCAACGCCUUUGACGGCCCACCCCGCAUCGUGCGCCUCUUUGGUCACGGCCGCGUCCUCGAGAGCGCAACUACCGCCUUCGCCGACUUUGUCAAGAAACACGACAUCCAACUUCUGGCAGGCACGCGCUCCAUCGUUGUCGUCGAUGUGCAUCAAGUCGGCAGCUCCUGCGGCUUCUCGGUUCCCUUUUACGACUUUCGCGACUUCCGCACCACUCUCAACGAUUACUGGUCCAACAUGCUCAGGCGGUUCGAUGAAGGGAGAUCCAAAGAGAGCGUGGAAAAAUACUGGGCUUCCAAGAACGCGUGGAGCGUGGAUGGGCUGCCCGGGUUCAGCAUGGCUCUCGAGACGGCCAAGAAACAGCACGUCGCCCCAGUCGCAAAGAUGGUUGGUCCCUUGGCUCCGCAUCACUAUCGCAAUGACCGACGGUUCCGACUCCGCCACCUGGCCAUGGUGUCUAUCUUGACUGCUAUCCUAACUUUAGCUUUUACCAUCUCUGUUCUGCCUUAUCUU